AUGGGAGGUAGCAGUAGCAAAGCAAAAACGAUGUCGACCGCGUCGGUGCCUCGUUAUGAGGAUACUGCUCCAGAGUCGACCAAUAUCGGGGACUUGGUUGUUUCUGGUCGAUACAAAGUGGCGUCUCCGGAGACGGUAGAGCUGAUGAAGCAGAUCCAGUCGCCUCGCGAUGCAAACAAAAUGUAUCCCGACUCCGAAGUUAAGGAUCUAAAGCAGUACAUCAUUGAGCAGGAAGGCCUGGAAAUCGGCCAGGCUCGCCGGCGAGCGCUGGCGCAGCAGUGGCGUUUUUUUUUGUCGUGCGAGCCGAUGCAGCGCGGCUUAGACGCAGGUAUUAUCCUUGGAAGCUUCUCAGCCUUUGUCGCGUUCCGGAAACCGAAAAAUCGGAUUCCGGCGAAAAUAUCGCUGAUAUUUCUCGGCGGGUUCUUUGUCGGAAUGGUGUCUGUUCCACUUAUGGUGGUUGCGACAGACUCGUACAAUUCGCAGCGCAUUAAAAAGUUGGAGCAGGAACUCUUUGAGAAGCAGAGGUCGGAAUUCUAUAAGCGGUAG